UACUGAUUUUCGCGAGGACAUCUCUCUCGGUUAUAUUAAAGCAGCCUUGUUUUUUCAAACAAUGGACUCAGGACUUACUGUAAAUGCCCCAGCAAUAAAUGAGGGCUCUCAAAGCGUUAAUGGUGCCUGUGAACUGCAAGGUGCAGCAUUACUAGUUACACAGCCAGGGUUUGCACCACAGAAUACCUCUACAAAAUCUUCAAGACUUAGUCUUAGUCGGAAACGAAAGCAGGCCGGUUCUAUUCUCCAUGAUAAAAGGACAUGUCCGGACAAUACACUAGUCCCUGAAGCGGAACCUCAAUAUACUGCCACAGAUUUAAAAAAAACAGUUGAAAACCUGCUAGGAGCUGGCACAAAUUCCUGGUCUGCUGCGCUGGCAAGGGUCUCAGAAGCUAACAGUGAUGCGAUAGUACCGGAUAAUACUACCGUCCUGACAUCGUCAUUGGACCCACAUACAUCUGCGAUGGUUAAUCUGCCACAAGUGGUUGGAGCCGAUGUUGAGGAUGAGCCUUCUGUGAUUUUUGAACAAUCUCUACCUGCAAAUCAGGAUAAUCUUAACAAUGAGUUGUUGCUGGGUUUGACUGCGCAAGUUAAAAGACAGACUGAAGGUAUCGCUGCAUUAAUUCAGAGGUCUACAGAUCAAGAAGCAUUGAGCAGACUAAUAUUUGAUGCGCUCCAGAAGAUGUCUGAAAAACAAAAUUUGAUAAACAGAGUAUUGAUUGACCGAUUGACAAAACCCUGAGAGAAUAUCUCGACAUCCAUAGAAGUGUGGUAAUUCUGCUUCAAAAUCUUAAUCAUGCUAUUUCACACGUUGCUGGUUUAUAGUUAAAAUACGUGUUGUUGUUGGUUUUUUUUCUAUAUUUUGUGAUGCUGUUUUAAAUGUGUUUUUAAAUAUGUUUUGGAUAUUUUGUGAUUCUGCUUUAAAUGGUUUUUAAAAUAGGUUUUUGGACAUCUUGUGAUGCUGGUUUAAAUGUGUUUUAAAUAUGUUUUUGGAUAGCUAAUUUUGUUGUGGUUAAGAGUAAUGUAAGUGUUUUUGUUUGGCUAUAUUGGCAUUGGCUAAAGUUAAUUUGGAAUGCUAUUUUGGGUAUAAUCAGACAAAAAUCUGUGUAAUCCUGGAGAAGAUCUAAAUAAUUUUGAAAAUGGCUGGUAAAAGAGUGCGUUCAGAUGAUGAUUUACAUAGAUGUCAAGAAAUGCGUACUGUAAGGGCUAGGCAUGAGCCUGAGACUGAAAUGAUAGGCCCCUUACGACUCCAAGUACGUGAAACAAUAAACGAAAUGAACCAGAUCCAUAACCAAAACUUUCAAGAAGUUAUAGAACCUGUGUCUGUAAUGGUAGAGCGCUCACGUCCUCAAAUACGUGAAAUGCAGAAUGACAUGAUUCAGUCAAAUGAACUAAAUUUUGGAACAAAUGUGACCAGUCACGGAAAGUAGGGACACAAGUCGGAUCUGGGGAAUUUUGAGUUAUUCACAGAUUCUGAAAGUGUUUCUAAGCUUUCCAAUGAUGUGUAACACAUGGACAUCUGAUAAGAUUUGGAGAAGUUGUGGCCAUUUGAAUACAAAACAUUCAAGAAAGAGAAUGCCGAGAAAUUUGAGAAAGAAGAGUUAACACUUUUCCCUGCCUGGAGAGACAAUAGGGCUCAUUUACAAUCCAGCCUGGAUCCUCGACCCCUUCUCUGUGGUUCUUGGUUCUGGCACCCCUAUAUCAGUUCCUGGUUUGUUCUUUGCUUAGUUCUUCCCCUCUGUGUCAUAAUCAUCUGAUAAAUCAGGCAACUGUGAGUUUGGACAGCUAUUACCACAACUUUCGGCACAAUAUCGGCUGAAGAUAGCAGGGACUGGAAGGAAGCUGUUUGAUAUUUAAAAGAUCAAACAGGGGACAGAGACUGCAUGUCUACAGGAAGAAUAGUUACCAGCUAACAGAGUUCCUAAAGCUUACAUCUAUUGAUCUGUACCGACGUAUCAGAGGUUUUGGGGUGUGACCUGGAAAGAUGCAGAUGACUGGCUUGGAAGGAAAGAUUUACCUUACAACUUUGAAGACAUGAAGACAACAGCUUAUUCAAUUGAGCUCCUAACCUGGACCUCUUUUAAACCUAACCUAAAUACUAUUACAACUUAUUUUAUUUAACAUUAUUUCUUCAUCAAGUCUUCUUGUUUCUUUAAUCAUUUGUAUUGAUUUAUUCACUAACAUACUGGCAAACAAAAAAUUCUAACUUCUAACUAUCUUUUUACUGACUUCUGAUUUCUUUUUACAUCCCUGCAGGGGGCAUGAAAUAACAGAGACACCUGGAAGCAAACAACUCAUUAGCCACAAGGAGCCCCAAAUCCAUUGGCAUCACGUUUUGAGUGACCAGAGCGUCAAUCAGAAAGUUGAAAGAAGCUCAACUUUAUGGUAAUGAGCUAUGACGCGGUUCAGCGGCAAGCAGCGGCUAAACGCC